AUGAGUUAGGUGUAGGAUAAUUAAUUAAUAUUUGAUUUUCUAAGAAAUAAUAAGAAAAUAGUAAUAAAGUAGAGGAUUAAAAAGCAAUUUUUUACCUUUUUACUAAUUAAUUAAUUAUUUAUUUCUUAAUUAAUUGAUUAAAAAUAAAGAUAAAAAUUAUAACAUUGCUACAAAAAAUUUGAAAAUAUAAUGAAAUCAGAGUGCCACUUAUGCUAAAUGACAGUGCAGAACCUAGCCAAAUGCACUAAAACUCGUUGUCGCAACUUUUUUUGCGAGAAAUGCAUCCAAGAGAAUUUUGAUGCAGGGUUUGUAUAUCAUGUUUCUUAUAAAGAAGGUUGCUGGGUUUGUUACGCAUGUCAGAAUGCCUGUAGCUGCAGGUUAUGCAAGGGAGAAAUACUUCUUUACAGUAAGAAAUCUCUAGCAAAGCGCAAAAACAAGCUAGUUUAAAUGAUGGAGUCCUCGUCAACAGUAGACAAGAGCAGCUCGUAGACGACUACUAUCUAAUAAUUAGAAAAAGAAAGAGAUUCAAGUGAUGAUCUACUGUCUCACCACAAUGAUUAUGAAAAAAGAGCGUCUUAAGACGAAAACGAGGUAGUCUAAAGCUCUUUCAAAUACAGUCUCAAGCAGCCAAGAUUGCUAAAUUAAAAAAUAACAAAGUCUCUCCCUUCUCAUAGCAAAGAAUACCACUCCAAUAAAUUCUACAGAAGAAAGAUGCUUUUAAAAGCUAGUUGA